CGGCCCCGCCGGAACAGAGGGAGGGAGGGAAGGAGGGAACGCUGGAGGCGGCCCUGCUCGGUUCCAUUCGCUCGCCAGAGCCUCAGGCUGUCCGGCAAUUGCUGCUGUUGUUGUAAGGACACUGGUGCGAACAUCAUAGUGAUAGGUGGGUCUUCACAGCACUCCUGUUGGGAUGAGAAGCAGCUGUAACUCUGCUUUCAACUUGAUCAUCACCAGAACAAACUCGACAAGAGAUGGAAGACACCGAGCCGUGGUAUUCUCAGAAGGUGUACACGAGAUACUGGAAGCACUAUAACUUAGCCAUGCGCUGGAUGCGGAGGCACCAGAAAGCCUACAGGAAAGCCAUGGAGUCCUUUUAUCACCUACCAUGGCAUCCUCCUGCAGCCUCUCCAAGUAGCCACUACUCAGACUGGGAUGGGAAUGAUCUCCCACACACCCGAAACUAUUCUUCCCGCUAUCAGCCACGUGGCGGAGCUCUGUAUGGUGGGGGAGCUCAGCAGUGCACAGGUGCCCACCGAGAGAGGGAGGAUGCUGAAGAAGUCUCUGAAAUGGAGGAGGAUGCUGAAAGGGACUCCGAAAUGGAAGAAGGCUCCGAGUCUGAAGGGGAGAUAGAAUAUGACUUGAGUAACAUGGAGAUCACAGAGGAGCUUCGCCAGUUUUUUGCAGAGACAGAGAGGCACCGGGAAGAGCUGCGGAGGCAGCAGCAGCUGGAAGCUGAGGACCCGUACGUGGAGGCUGAUCAAGACCUUCACAGGAGGACGGAGCGAUCUGUGGAGCCGCCUACGGAAAGACCUGGGGAGAGGCGAAUGGCAGAAAUGAAAAAACUGUAUGGUGCUGAUGCUGCCAAAAUCCAGGCAAUGGAGGCUGCCAUGCAGCUUAUCUUUGACAGGAACUGUGACAAAAAGCAGCCCAAAUACUGGCCCAUUAUUCCCCUUAAGCUGUGAGUACCUGGACUGUGCUCUGACAUGGCACACAACUGUGCCUCAGUCAGGUUGUGCUGCUGAAAGAACAAACUGCCAAUUUUGGUUUUGGGUGGGCUUUGGGGCAGAAUCUGGCAAGGACAGCAUGUGUGUCUUUGGCCUUUGUUUCUUUUACACUGUCUAUCAGCAAUGCUCACUGUCUGUUCAACCCACAUACAGUUGUCAAGUAGUAAUAGGAGGGAUGGGAAUAUCAAACGUGUCUUAAGUCAUGUGUUUACUUGUUUGAUACCCGCCUGCCUUGACCAUGCUUGCAAGAAACAACAAUGUCUAUACUCAGUGAACUGGGAAAACUUAAAAUGAUGCAAAUAAGAAAAAGACCAUAGGAAUUGUCUGCUCUUACUGUUUAGGAAUUUGAGUGAUCCCAUUUUUUAGUCUUAACAUAGUAGCAUUUGGAUCCUGUUUCACAUAGCCCAGCUUGAAGUGUUAUGUCUGCUAAUCUUGGAUUUUUUUUGAGAACCAGGAGCCCACUGGCCAAGAUACAACUUAUCAAAUUACCGUAGCCCAGAUGUUUGAAUUCUUUUUCAAAGGUUUAUAAUAAAGCAGGAAGUUUUUCUUCCAGACUGAUGCUUGUCUGACAGAAGUUUGAUUCUAAAGCAACAUUAUAUGGAAAAAUGUUUUAAUGAAGGGGGUGGGAGGGUGAGACAGAAGCCUGAUAUGGUCCUGUCUGUUAGAGGUCUGUUUAGCAGAAGAGAAACUUAAGAGGACACAACAUUAUAGGGGACAGUGCAUGCAGUGAUUUUUGCUAUCUAAUAAAAAGCAUCUUAUGGGUUUGAAGCUUUACAGAAGGCUUAUUAUUUUGAUAGACUUCAUCUGAACAAUGUAUAUGGAGGUAUGAAAGACAGGUAGCCCUGCAGGCUAUGUCUGUUUUAGGUGCAGCUUUCCAGUGCCCGCCUGCAUAUGACAUGCACAAGCCUUAAACACAAGCAGGUAGAUGUGCCUCUGUGUGUACUCAUCCAUCUGCACAGGCUGUUUGGUUCCAUUUCUGUCUCUCUCUACUUUUGGUCAGUUGUGUUUGCUCCACUAGUAGUUAACAAGGUGGAGUGAGGCACACAAGUGGUCUGUGUAAGAGAGGCAGAACUGGCCCCUCAAAACCAAUGAUUCCUUAAAAAUGGUACCGUGAAUACUUCCAAGGACUCUCGGUGAAGCACGGCUGCUACAUCUCAUUGUGUGCUGAGGGGCUGUAGUUUGUCUUGCAGUGUUUCCAUGACAGGGCAAAGGAACCUUCUGCUCAUUUAAUAGUGACAUAUUCAUCUGUCUUUCUGGCAGCAGAGGAGGGUCACAACUAAAAUUCUGGCUUCAGUUUUUCCCAGUGUAUCCAGAGUAUCUCUGAGGCAUGUGUAGUUCGUAAUGCACACCAGCAGUUGCUGUGCCCUCUGCAGCAGCCAGCUGCAACAAAGCGAGUCUGCAAUGCAGUUUGAAAUAUCUUUGCUUUUACUAGUAGUUACUAUGUUUUUUCCAAGCAGCAUUUACAUGUCAGUUGUACCUCUUUCGCUUUGGUUGUGACAAGAUGAAGUUAAAUUGAACACUGAUGUUAAAAAGCCCCUAGUCUCCAAGACUUGUUACUGGUGUGAUUGGUCUGAAAAACUUCAGUGAGACAGGAGAGGGAAUAUUAACAGUCGUGCAUUGUCUUCACUCUUGUUUUUGGUGGGUUUUGUCAAAAAUUUGGUGUUUUGUUUGGGUUUCCUUUCAUUGACCAAAUAAAUUUUCUUCAUAACACUUUGUAAUUUACUUUUUUUUUGUAUAAACAAACUUCCAUACUUCAGUUCUCAUAUGCUAAAGCUUUCUUUUAGCUGCUCCAUUGUUUAAGGAAGAUUGAACUUAGAGCAAGGACAGUUUUAGCGUAUGGAGAAGUGCAAGGAGCGUUGACAGGAGUUUUCACAGGAGUGCCAGUCAGUAUCACAAGUGUAUGGUAUUGUACAAAAUGAAUGGGAAGGUUGCUACAUCUGCUGGGGGAAAACCGUGUCCCAGAUUAACAUACAUAAAUCUCUCUGUUCCUAUUUAAAGUGUUUCCAGUGUGGUGAUGGUGUUUUCUCUGUGCAGUUCAGUUCAGAAAAAAAGGAAGAAUGGGUAGGACUGUUCUUGCUUUUCAACACAAGUCCUAGUUCUUACUGUGGUUUAUUCUGCACCUAGCUGGUUCUUCGAGCAGAAGCAGAAAUUCUGGUGUCCAAAAGUAUUUGUAGAGGCAUCAUACAAGACAAUAUUGAAUUCCUUUCCCACUUCAUAUAAAAUAUAAAAGAAAUUUCCUUGCCUUCGGUUCUUUUACCUAUUUCUAAGAGGGUUUAAUAUAAUUCACGAGGUUAAAAGUAGAGAGAACUGGAUGAUGUGUUCCCUAGGAACUAUGUACUAAGGCCUGAAGCGGAGGAACACACUACUGCAGACUUAAGAGCUGCUGCCAAAUGAUGUCAUUUCAGGGGAUGCGCUGUUGCUGGUCUUUGGCCAGCUGUCUCAUUUUGCUGAUAAUUCAGCAAAACUUGGAAAUUCUUCGUUGCAGUUCUUUUACUCUGUCUCCCAUGUCAUUUUAAAUUUUUAAGAAAUGUCUCACAAAAAAAGGUGUAAUCAUGGAAGAAAUGCAAUGGCAACUCAAAAACACCAGUUCAGUCAUCUGUAACAUUCACCUUUCAUGCCCAUAUGUAUUAUGCUGCAGUCCUCAGUCAUGGGAACGUGUGCGCUUUUUUCCCCCAAGGACACAAUGUUAUGCCACCCACUUGACUAGAAUGCAACUGUGAUGCUGCAGACGUGAUUCUCUCUUGUCCACAGCGUUGCACCUUUGCUUUCAGUUGUGCCAACUGCUCAUAUAGUCCUGCCUGAAGGGAAUUCUUCAUUUGCUGCUGGUGCUGUUUCUCAUGAGCUUUUCCCAGCUCCAGCAGAAGGAAUUACAGCCUGAAGUCACAACUUUUCAUACAGUUAGUCUUAAUUUCAGAGACUGGUUUCCUCAUUUGUUACGUGCAAAUCAGCCUUAUUUUUGGGAGAAGGGUUUGUGAUUGGCUGAAGACACUUCAAAGAUUGGAGAAAAAUGUUAUAGGUCUUCUCUACUGAAAGCAUUCUUAAAAGAAAUUAAAAAAAACUUUCAGAACUGGCACAAUAUAAAUUUAACAUACAAAUGAAGCGAUGACUUCUGUGUUUCCUACCAGAAGAAAAACUACUUACUUUUAUGCAUUGGUGACAUUGUCAAGUGCUCUUGUUCUUCUAGAAUUAUUUCCCCAUAAAGCAGCUGACAGCUCAGUAUGCCUGUGUGUACAGGCAGCCUGAAAAGAGAUUCAACCAUUUUGCUGAGAGUAACUUUUCUCAUGGAACAUAAUGGGUAAGUAUUCAUACCUUUUGAGUGGUCUUGUUAAUGACUCGUACUUGGAAGAAGCAUUAAUAAAAAACAACCUAAAUUUCUGUAACAGCCUUUGUGAAGGAUAAACACUUACAUAAUCCACAUGGAUUUGUUCCCUCGUGUCUUUUUCCCUUUGUAAAAGCUCCUCGCUCACUCAUUACCUGAAAUACCUUGCAAAUAUUUGUAUCUUCAUCUCUUGUUACAUUAAUAACUAUCCAACUCUGAAUAGAAACUGAGAAAAGCAGGACACUGAUUCAGCUGCUUAAAUUUCGAGUUUUAAGUGUGAUUUUUGGCAUAAUGGUCUGAACACUUUGGCUGAAAGAACUACAGAGGGGCCAAGAUUAUUGCCCAAAAUGUGAAAUACAGUCUGUCAAAAGGAUGCAUCCAGAACUCUGUUUUCUUUGUGGUUUCUUUA